CUUAUGCUCGUCCCACUCAGCCUCGAGCUUUCUCUCUCUCUCGGUCAUGCAGUAUCCCCCCAUGCGCAUCCUGACAUCCUCAUACAUUCCGGACAUAUUACCUGUCUGAGCAGGGACUUGGCGCGCCACUGCCAGGGCUGCGAUCCGGAGCGCGUGGACUGUCAAGCAUGAUCCGCGAAAGAUUCGACGAUUAGAUGAGAUCCGUUGGGCCCUAAUGUCGGCGGGCGGGUGGCUAUGUACUAUGUUCCUGCUCUUUACAAGAACAACUCCGAGACCAAACUGAGCGCGCUCUUUCACCAUCUCCCAUGCACUAUCAGAAUCUGUUCCGCUGUGAUUCACUGUCCAAGAAUACCGCACCAAAUCAGCUUCGCUCUGACUCUAUCAUGAACUCCCAUGGUUACAAAUCCUGAGACUUCUGCCGUGAUCUCGUCAGCCCAAAGCUCUCUCUGCAGUGCCGCUUUCACCUGCUGCCCAUGGCGCCCGCUACCACCUUCGUCAAGAUCCAAGUCUGGGGCUCGUUCUUGGAGACAUUCGCCUUCGGGGUCUACGUGGUUACAUGCGGGUUCUGCUACCCCGUCCUGCUCACGACCUACACGCGAAGCCGGACUGGGCUUUCUGCGGUCAAUUGGCCGCUGCUGAUCCUUUUCCUCGUCUUCCUCGCGAAAACGACGUCCUCGAUGGGCAUCCACAUCUUCAUGGACCUGCAGGCUGCAUCGCAGGUCGAAGUAUUGAAGACGGUGGCGGGUUUCCUGGACGGCGGGAACCCCGUGAACGUCGCCCAGGACACAUCACUGCUUGUCCAAGCCGUCGUGUUCAGUGGCUUCAUGAUCUACCGCUGCUGGAUUGUUCAUCACCGCUCGCUGUUGACGGUGGCCAUCCCCAUCGUGCUGUGGCUGGCUGCUGUGGGUCUCAUGGGAUCGGUCAUCCAUCUUUACACAGCCUCCUCUGUGCAGGGUCUGUUCGCCGUGGAGAAGCCGAGGGUCCUGGCGGUCGGCUUUCUGGCGGUGGAGAUCGCAUUGAAUCUGAUCACGAGUGCACUGCUUGCUAUCCGCGUGUACCGUGUAGAGAAUAUCCGACGCACAACUCCACCAGUGAACGCGAGUGGGAGUUUGCCCACGCUGAAUCAACCGCAACAACGUGUGUGCAUAGUCGGAGGGAGGGUCCAUCAAACAGACCACCCGUGGGUCCGCAUCGCCGUCGAAUCGGGGCUCUUCUACACCGUGAUGAGCACCGUCACCCUGAUCCUCUUCGUCCUCCAGAACGAUGCGACUUAUGCGUGCAUCUCUCUCCUGGUCCAAGUAAUCGGCAUCUCGUUCAAUCUCAUCGUCAUCCAGAACCGUCAGCGGCCGGACAACUCUUUCGAAAGCACGAUGAACAAUUACCCGCUCCAGUUCACGUCGUCCAAUAGCUUGCACGGAAGCGCGAUUGAGUUUGCGUAUCCAAAGAACUUCCAGCCGAAACGAACUCGCCAAGCUUCAGAGGCCGAGGAUGCCGAUGCAUGUGAAGUAGCAUAGUGUAAUACUUGACCUGUAUGUAACUGUAAGUUAUCCCCAGCUCAGAUAGAUGUGCCAUCCUAAGCGCGAAUUUGGAUCACAUGAGCCUGGCACGUGGCCGCGUCCUCCUUAUCUCAUUACCACCAGCUUCGCGAUGCUGCUCUG